AUGAAGCUUGCUCAAGAGCAACCUACAAAAAUACCAGCUUGGGUUAAGCUUCAUGAGUUACUUUUCGAACUUUGGAAUCAAGAGUGCUUAAGUAGGGUGGCUAGCACAAUUGGGAGACCCUUGCAUGUAGAUCAAGCUACAGCUAAAACUGCAAGGCAGCCAGCUUCCAUUCCUUCACCUCCCCAGCAAAGGCAAGAGUGGGUUCAAGUGAAGAACGGAAAGCAAAAAGCUGUCCAAGAUAUCUCUAGGUCUGAUCCUUGCGUAUUCAGCCCAACCAUCUCUGGAGCUCUUCCCAGUGUGCCAGUUGACACCACUAAUCUCAUUGAGCAGGAACAAUGUGAUUCUGAAGAUGAGCUAUUGGAGGUUUUAGAGAUGGCAGUGAGCUCCAUUACAGUUGUUGAUGCACUGAAGGCAAAAUCAACACUGGCGGAUAGCAAAACACAACAAGUCAGUGGUUCAGAUCCAGUCAUUCCUCCUAAAGCUAUGAAGUGGGCAAGCAAUACCUUACCUGAGACUAAGCCACCUGAUUUAUCAAAUGCAAAGUCCAAGGAGAAAGCUCAUGAUGUUAAGCAGCCCCUCUCCAAAUCAGCUCAAAAGAAAAUGAGGAAGCAAAUAAAGGAACAAGCUCUUUGUUCCUUUACCGGUGGAGGACAAAUCUUUCUGUGUUGGGAUGCUUCUGUUGUUCAGGUUCAGGUCUUGGAUCAAUCUGACCAAUUCAUCCACCUUGAGGUGCAUCAGAAUUAUGGAGGGGCCCCUUUUUUGGCAACUUUUGUUUAUGGGGCUAGUAAUUAUUUAGCUAGACAAGCACUUUGGUCUAGUUUGCAUAAUCUUCAACCAUUCUCUCCAUGGUUUGUACUUGGGGAUUUUAAUGCUAUUAGAUAUCCUAAUGAGAAGUUUGGGGGCAACACUUCCUGGCCCCCCCAUAUGAAUGAGUUCAACCAUUGUCUGUAUACCUUGGAACUUGAUGACCUUAGGUAUACGGGGUGUUUUUUCACCUGGGCCAAUAAACAGGAUCCCUCUCAUUUUGUCACUACCAAGCUAGACAGGAUUUUAGUUAAUGAGCAGUGGAUGACAACUUUUAGCUGUUCCUCUGCUCAUUUUCUCACUCCUGGGGUUUCUGACCACUCCCCGGCCAUGGUGAACAUCAAUCCUAGUCCUCAGAAAUUUAAAAAACCUUUUAAGUUUUUUGAUUUCUUAGGUGACCAUCCUCAAUUUUUGAAUGUGGUGCAGAAGGUUUGGCAGGGUGUGGUCAUUGGAAAUCCCAUGUUUUGUGUUUGUGAGAAGCUCAGGUUGUUGCAACCUGAGUUUAAGCAACUCAAUGAUAGAGAAUUUAGUGAUAUCUCUAAGAGGGUGAUUGAUACUAGAAGUAAGAUCUCCAGCUUGGUCUUGGAGGAUGGGUCUCUCACCCACGACAGUAAGGAUAUAAAAUCUAGCUUUGUAAAGUUCUACACUGAUCUGCUAGACUUUGAAAUUAGAGACACCUUCUGGUCUCUCAAUCCUUCCAAAGCUCCUGGUCCUGAUGGCUAUAAUGCUGGUUUUUUUAGGAAAGCUUGGCCUAUCAUUGGUCAUGAAGUCUCUAUAGCUGUGAAAUCAUUCUUUAGGUCUGGUCAAUUACUCAGGAAAGCUAAUUCUACUAUUGUUGCCCUUGUUCCUAAAGUCCCUAACCCCUUUAGGGUAGGUGACUAUAGGCCUAUCUCUUGUUGUAAUACAGUCGACAAGUGUAUCUCUAGGAUUCUUGCUAGGAGAAUACAGGUAGCCCUCCCUAAUUUAAUUGAUCCUGUGCAAUCAGGAUUUGUUAAAGGGAGAAGAAUUGCUGACAAUAUUUUUUUGACCCAGGAACUUAUGAGAGGUUAUCACAAAUCAUCUUCCUCUCCUAGGUGUGCCAUGAAAGUGGAUAUCAUGAAAGCCUAUGAUAAUGUGAGAUGGGAAUUCCUUUGGGAUGUCCUAGCUACCUUGAAUUUCCAUCCUACAAUGAUUAAAUGGCUUCAGGCUUGCGUCUCCACUGCUAAUUACUCGCUUAGUAUUAAUGGUAAAGUCACUUGGUACAUCCUUGGGAAAAGAGGGCUAAGACAGGGGGACCCUCUAUCCUCCUAUCUAUUCGUCAUUGUGAUGGAGGUGCUCACGUGGUUUCUGAAGGAAAAGUCCCUCUUACCUGAUUUUCGUUUCCAUUGGAGAUGUGGUAAUACCAAAAUUAUCAAUCUCUGCUUUGCUGAUGAUUUGAUGAUCUUUUGCAAAGGGGACCUAACCUCAGUCAAGCACAUUCAUGAUGCUCUCACAGAGUUCCAGGAGUUAUUAGGAUUUUCUCCUAGCCCGGGGAAGAGUAGCAUCUAUUUCUCUGGAGUCAAUAACAGCUCUAGACUAGCCAUUCUGAAUGUCUUAGAGUUCAAAGAAGGCACAUUACCUGUUAGGUACCUUGGUGUACCCCUCAUAUCCACUAAGCUCAGAGCCUCUGAUUGCCAAGUGGAUAGCAUCAUCACAAAAACCAAAUGCUGGACUAACAGGGAUUUAACUUAUGCUGGUAGGGUCCAGUUGAUCAAGAAUGUCUUAUUUUCCAUGCAAACAUAUUGGUCCUCCCUGUUUAUCAUCUCUAAAAAGGUGGUUAAAGAGGUGGAGGAUAUCCUUAGGGCAUUUCUUUGGUCAGGCCCAGAUCUUAAGAGAACUGGUGCUAAGGUCUCAUGGGAACAUCUAUGCUCUCCUAAACAGGAGGGGGGCCUUGGAUUUAAGUCCAUGCAAGUAUGGAAUAAGGCAGCCAUUGCCAAGCAUAUUUGGUUUCUGAUUUCUGGUGGGGAACAGUCCAUGUGGUGCCGAUGGGUUAAAUCCUAUUUAAUAAAGAGGAGGAAUUUUUGGACUUUGAAAAUUCCAGGCGAUUGCUCUUGGUCAAGGUCGGCCCCAGAUUUGCAAUUAACUCUGGCAUCCCUAGAGAUGCUUCAGUGUCCCAUAUCAUCCACAAUUCAAAUUGGGCUUUUCCCAUUACCUGAUCUGUGGAGCUCAAUGAGAUCAGAAGAACAUUGCCUCCUCUAA